GACUUCUUCUCGCUCCACAAAGAGAAAAACGUCAUCUUGUUUCUUAUUCCUCGUCGUAUCAGAUUAGAGAAACGCCCUACUUGAAAGUGUUUUUUCAAUCAUGGCGGUAUCUUCACAACAUACAAAUUACAACACCAUGUCUGAUACUUACAACUCUACCGAAUUGGGGGAAGAUAGGAAGAAAACUCGACAAGAUGAUCAGUUUUAUGAUGAGUCUGAUACUUCCAGUGUUGAGAUUUUACCUGGGGUACAGAAAGUCCAAGCCGCUCAAAGUGUCUGGGGUCUACAAGGACGUUGGUUCCUCUUCAUCGGACAAGUUAAAGAGACUGAUGAGAUCAGAAUUGGUCUAUCCGCAUAUAUCUAUUCUCUAGACGGAACCACCACUUGGCAAUAUCUUACUUAUGCUACUUCAUCCGUCCUCAAACAUUCUCUCACCGGUACAAUCUCCACCGCUCAGGCUAUCAUCAUAGCUGUUGGAAAACCACUCAUGGCAAAGUUGGCCGAUGUUGUUGGUCGAGGUGAAACAUUUAUCAUCGUCACUGUAUUAUACGUUUUGGGAUACAUCGUCAUCGCUACAGCAAACAACAUCAACCAAAUCGCAGGUGGAGAGAUCCUCUAUGCCUUUGGAUACACGGGAUUGCAGAUGCUUCAACAGAUCGUCAUUGCCGAUAUGACAUCUCUUCGUUGGCGUGGUUUGGUUUCCGGAUUGGUUUCCGCGCCAUUCAUCAUCAACAACUUUGUGGCUGCCGAGAUCGCCGAGGGUGUGCUUCCUAAUUGGCGUUGGGGUUAUGGCAUGUUUGCCAUUCUCAUACCUGUUUCUUUGGCACCUAUCAUUGUAUCUCUCAUGUGGGCCCAACACAAAGCUAAACGUCUCAUGCGUGCAACUGGUAACACUCGACCAAAGAACUGGAAAGAAACGAUUUGGACCACUGCGGUGGAUAUGGACCUCUUGGGGCUAUUGCUAGUCGCCGCCUCCCUGGCUCUCAUCUUGUUACCACUUGGUCUCGCACCUUAUUCCAGGCGUCAUUGGCAUACACCCAGUAUGAUCGCCAUGGUAACCGUUGGCGCUGUCCUCUUCCCCAUCUUCCUCAUCUACGAAUGGAAAGUUCCUCAAAAACCAGUGGUACCAAUGAGAUGGUUACGUCGUGGACCUAUCCUAGGAGCAUGUCUCAUCGGUUUCUUCGAUUUCGUUUCUUUCUAUCUUCAAUAUACCUAUCUUUAUUCUUAUGUCUACGUGACUCAAAACUGGAGUUAUAGAAACCUCACUUAUUUCUCCGCCACACAAUCCCUCGCACUCACUAUCUUCGGUAUCACGGGAGGUGCAAUCAUGUACGCAACUCAAAGAUUCAAAUAUAUGCUCCUGAUCGGUUUACUCAUUCGUCUUCUCGGUGUGGGAAUAAUGAUUCAUGCUCGUUCACCAAGUGGUAAUACUGCAAGUUUAGUAAUGUGUCAAGUUCUUCAAGGUUUAGGAGGAGGUUUCGCCGCUAUUUCAAUCCAAGUUGCUGCUCAAGCAGCUGUCGCGCAUGUAGACGUAGCGACAGUAACAGCUAUGGUCUUGUUGAUAACAGAAGUCGGUAAUUCAGUGGGAUCAGCAGUCGCCACUGAAAUAUGGACGACUUACAUGCCUGGUCAACUUGCGAAACAUGUCCCUACCACAAAUCAGACUUUGUUAAACGAAUUAUUCGGUAGCACAGUCGAUAUCGCCACUUAUCCACCGGACGACCCUAUCAGAUUAGGUGCGAUUGCUGCUUAUCAAAACAUUAUGCAGAGGUUGGUAUUAGGAGCUGUCAUCGUGGCUAUCUUCCCGCCCAUUUUCUGUAUGCUCUUCAUACGAAAUAUCCGUUUGACAAGGGCGCAGAACGCCAUCGAUGGGAGGGAUGUAACGGGGAAACCGACGAAUGAACCUCAUGAUAUGGUAGAUGGGGAGACAGUGGCGACGGAGCAUGGCGGACAAGCUGAGUACGACACGACGAGGGAGAGAGAGAGGGUAUAAGGGAUGGAGUCGAGAACAAUGAUCAAUCGAAGAAGCCGUAAAUCAAAUAAUCAGACAUUUAUUCUCGAACAUCUGUCAGACAUCUCGGAAGGUAGGCGAGCGAUCGGACAGCAAUAGUAUCUUGGUGUAGAUGGGGAAAGUAAAACCAAUGUAAUGAGUGAGAGAGGGGUAAGAUUUGUCUUUCAUUCUUGCAGGAGGAGUUUGGUAGUCGUUACUGCUGAAAUGCAUCUUAUCUUUGCUUGA